UCUCUAUUCCCUUUCACUCAAUUUAACCAUAAUUGAGUUAGGACACCUCCCAUAGGGUUUGUGUUCCCUGUCACCUUUGCUAUAAAACCGUCCAACUUUUACGCUGAAAGGCAUCAGUUCUUCAGCUGUUACACAAAAAACAACCAUUUCAACAUGAAGUUCAUCAUCCUCGUCGCCCUCUUCGCCGUUGCUGCCGCUGAUUCGUACAAGGCUGCGGAAUACGCCCCCAAGUACGAGGCUCCCAAAUACGAGGAAGUCACUUACGUAAGCCCUCAGCCAUACAGCUUCGGCUAUGACGUCCAGGAUAAGGAAUCCUACAACGAUUUCGACCACUCUGAGAAAUCGGAUUCCUACGGAGUCACUGGAUCUUACCGUGUUGCCUUGCCCGAUGGCCGCACCCAAAUCGUGACCUACAAGGCUGAUAAGGACGGAUACACCGCUGAUGUUAAAUUCGAAGGAGAGGCCAAAUACCCCGAAUACAAAGAGGCCGAGUACAAACCCGCUGCCUACCCUGCUCCAGCCUACAAGGCUCCCUGAAUACAAAGCCCCAGCCUACCCCAAAUAUUAAGAUUCCAGCUCUUCUAUCCUUACUUCUAUCAGCCUAAUUUAUUGACUAUCGAAGAAAUGGUUGAGUGUUUCAAUGAUGUCUGAAAAUGGCAAUUUCAUCUUGACCGUAUGCAACAUCGUUGACACUUACGAAGUGUAAAUAAACCUUCUGAUACAACAUCAA